AUGAAUGCAGAUAGAGCUCGUCAAUUAUUCGAAUCCGGUGGUAUACUUCUUGUCCUUGAUGUUCCGAAAGAGAUGGAAUUCGGUAUCGAUAUGUAUUCUUGGCAAGUUGGCGCGAACUUUCAAGGGAUUAAAAUGAUUCCGCCUGGUGUCCAUCACUGUUAUUAUAGCGAACGUGAUACAUUAACAAAAGAAUUAUGUAAUCGACAAAGUUUUUUUAUUGAAUUGAAACAACCUAAUGAAAUGUUAAUUCUAAUGCGAUGGUCAACAACGGAAAAUCUCUUUCAACGUCAACAAUUGACACCCGAUGAAUAUGAAACACGACGAAAUCAACGCUACGAAUUAGAUCGUUUUCUUGGUCAAUAUCCAUUAGAUACAUAUCGUCAAUGGUUAGCACUAUCGAAUCAUUUACGUUAUGAUUUCAUAGAAAAACUUAUUCCUAUCAAUGGUUAUAUAUGUUCAGCAGAGGUGUUUGAUAUUCCUAAACAUACGAAACGCACUGAAGAAUUUUCUGAGCCAACAAGUUUAUCGGAAGCUGAAUCUCGACUGCCAAAAAUGACAUUAAAUGCUGAAUUUGCUUUUCGUUUUACGGUUAUCGAAAAGAAAAUGAAUCUCUGCUCUGGAUCAGAUUUAACACAAUCGAAAUUAGAUCGUACAAAUGAAUUGGAAAAAAUCAUAUCGGAACGUUUUGAUACGAAUAUUUACGGAAUUUUAUGUGAAUUACAAUUGAGUUUUAUCGUAUUCUUUCUCGGGCAUUAUUAUGAUGGUCUCGAACAAUGGAAAUGUUUACUUCAAUUGAUUUGUUCAUGCCAAAAAGCAUUCUGCCGUUGGCCAAUGUUUUAUGUUGAUUUUUUACAAACGAUGUAUUUCCAAUUAAAAGAGUUUUCCAAUGAUUCUCUAGGCGAUGAAAGUUUAUUUGUGGAUGUUGAUCAACAAGCAAAUGCUAUUUAUAAAUCAUUGGAAAAUUUAUUUGCUAACGUAUCAGCGUUCAAUGAUAAUCAACAAAUGGAAGGAAAUGAUUCGGAAAAAUUAAUCGAACGUUGUGCUAAAAUGAAGCAAUUUUUAAAUGAAACAUAUAAUUGGGCAUUUGAUGAUGAACCAGAAGAUGAAAAACCUGUUAUUGUUGAACUUAAUAACGAAUAG